AUGAGAUCAACCGGAUUAGUCCGCGGAACACCUGCUUUCCGGUCUGCACUAAUCGCAGGCCGUAGUCGUUCCAGUGCAUUGAGCCCGGCCUCCAUUGCAGCCCGCAGCCUUCUACGAAAUGGCCGCGAUCUGCCAUCCCAGAUCUCGGCCCUGGCCAUCCUGAUCCCGCAGCGUGGAUAUGCGACCGAGCCAACCCAGUCCACCAACUCUUCUCAGAACUACCCUCCCCCCGGGUUCAAUGCCGAGCAGGCCAAGAAGCCGCUCCCCCAGGAACAGACCACGCAGCCACAAUCGACGGUGGCGAAGACCCCCGAGACACAGGCGGCUGCUAAGCCGGCUGCCUCUGGAGAGGUUGCGAAGACGAGCGUGGAGGAGCAGAAGUUGGCUGAGAAGAAGAGCGCGAAAAAGUUGACGUUUGGACAGAAGGUCAAGAAGGAGUUGCAGCAUUACUGGGAUGGUACGAAGUUGCUUUCCACGGAGGUUAAGAUUAGUUCGAGGCUGGCGUUGAAGAUGGCCGGUGGUUAUGAGCUGAGUCGUCGAGAGCACCGCCAGCUCCAACGUACUACAAAGGAUCUGGGACGUUUGGUUCCGUUUUCGAUGUUCCUCAUCGUACCAUUUGCCGAACUCCUCCUCCCCGUCGCCUUGAAGCUCUUCCCCAACAUGCUCCCCAGCACAUACGAGGGGCAGAAGGCCCGUGAUGCCAAGGCAUUGAACCUCAGAUCGACCCGCAAAGAAGUUUCGGCAUUUCUACGCAACACCAUUGGCGAGACUGGUCUGCCUUUGACCGCAGCCACUGUCAAGAACCACGAAUUCACAGACUUCUUCCGCAAGAUUCGCACCACCGGCGAAUCGCCCUCGACCGAGGAUGUCAUCAAGGUGUGCAAGAUCUUCAAGGACGAUCUGACCCUUGACAACUUGUCCCGACCCCAGCUGGUCGGCAUUUGCCGUUACAUGAACCUGAACUCUUUCGGUACCGACGCCAUGCUCCGAUACACUAUUCGCCACCGUAUGCGCCAGAUCAAGCGUGACGACCGCGCGAUCUUCUACGAGGGCGUUGAUUCCCUCUCCGUCCCCGAACUGCAGAUGGCCGGCGCCUCGCGCGGUAUCCGCACACACGGUGUCUCCCCCGCGCGCCUGCGCGAGGAUCUCACCAUGUGGCUCGAGCUGCGUCUCAAGCAGGGUGUCCCCUCGACUCUGCUGGUCUUGAGUAACGCCUACCUAUACACACAGGGCAAGGAGACCGAGUUCUCGUCGCAAGUCGACGCGCUCAAGUCUGUGCUCUCUAGUAUUCCCGAGGAGCUGUUCCACGAGAUCGAACUCGAGGUGCACAAUGCCGAGGGCGCUGCUACCAACAAGCAGCGUCUGGAGGUUAUCAAGGAGCAGGAGGAGCUGAUCUCGGAGGAGAACGAGCAGAACAGCAAGAAUGAGGUCAAGGGCGUUUCCGUACCUAAGGAUACCGAGGAUAUCGACGAGAAGGAGGAGACUAAGGUCCAGCCUCCGGUCGAUGGUGAUAAGCAGUCUGCUGAGGCCAAGGAUGCUUUAGCGGAGGGUGAGCGCGCCGAGAAGACCUCGGAGGCCAAGGAUGCGAAGAAGAGCGAAAGCGUGUAG